AAAAUAUAGGCAAAUAUAAAGCUAUGGAUGUAGGUCAAUUGCAAUUUUUAGAUAGCAUUCAGCACAUGAAUAUGGGCCUUGAUAAGCUUGUUGCAUCUAUAGGAGUUUUUCCAUAUGACUGGACCAAUUCUUGGGAUAAAUUCAAAAAAACAGCUCUACUGUGUAGAAAGGAUUUCUAUUCUCUACUUAACCAGCAAAAAAUUAGUAAUGGAGACUAUGUCUAUGCCCAAGAAGUCUGGCAAAAAUUUGAAAUGAAAACUUUUGGUGAAUAUCAUGAUUUAUAUCUUGAAACAGAUGUACUCCUACUUGCGGAUGUUUUUAUGAAUUAUACCAUUAUGUGUUUGAAAGAUGAUGGCUUAGACCCAUCCCAUUAUGUUUCAGCCCCCA